GAGGCGCAGAUCGUGCUGCUGGGCCUCGCCGGCGCUGCUGGCAAGACAGCCAUCCUGCACUGGCUCAAGCUCAGCCAUGUCGUCAACACCGGACCAACGAUUGGGUUCAACGCCGAGACUCUUGAAUACAAUGGCAUCAGCUUCGGGGUUUGGGACGUGGGUGGUCAAGUCAAGCUCCGAGGCUUGCUAAGGCACUACCUCUAUGGCGCCCAGGGCGUGAUAUUCGUCGUCGACAGCAGCGACCGGGAGUGGAUUCUUCAAGCCCAAGAUCAGCUGAACAUGAUUCUGAACGAGGAGGAGUUCAAGGUUAGGGAUCCCGCGUUGCUUGUGUUUGCAACCAAGCAGGACCGUCCGAAUGCCAUGAGCGCAGCAGAGGUAGCGGGCAAGUUUGGGCUUCAGUCACUGCUUUGCAACCGUAUAUGGCACAUUCAAAGUUGUUGUGCAAUCUCAGGAGAAGGCCUCCACGAGGGGAUGGAUUGGCUCUGCACCAACAUACAAUAG